AUGCUAAAAAAGAAGGGAGCCCCAUUAUCUCUGCAAAACUUUGCAGCUAAGAUUUUAGGAGGUGACAAACUGGUUAAACAGUUGGAAAAUGGUUCUCUGAAAACCGCCUCUACGAAGGCGCUGUCGCGCAGCGACGUUUGGUUGAGGGAGGCUUUAGUAAAUACAGCCACUACGCGGAGAUCUUACACGUUGCCGCACAGCGGAGCGAUUUAUCCUAGUAGAUCCAUUGAUGUCUCUUUAAAUGUUAUUCUUAGCACGCUGCGGCGACUCCGUUUUGCUAACGAUGCGGGGGGGUACUUCAUCCUUUUGAACCGAAUAAAAUCAAGUAGAGUUAGGUGGGUCUCCAGCUCGGGAAAGCCUAUAGCGGGGAACGUGCCCGUUGAAUUAUACCGGGAAGUUUCCCACAUGUUGCGCGCAAAAUCUAGUGGCUUUCAACGAGAAGAGCUUGUGUGCCUGGCAAAGUUUACGUUAAAACUACUGAGAGACUAUAAUGAGAUUGUUGCGUUUCGAAGACCGCUGAAACCUGACAAGAUUUUUUUAAGGAACUGUGCAGACAUCGUCACACGUCUCGGGUCUAUGACCUUUUUGAAUGCCUUCAACAAUCUGAUUGAACAUGAAGACAUAAAGGUUUACGCAAUGAUUUCUUUCUAUCUGCAAACCAAGCAGAUAGCACAUCUGGUUCAAUUCUUAGAAUCAAGCAAUUUGGGCAGAGAUUCACUGGGCCUUGAGUUAGCCUCGUCUCUCCUCCUUCACUGCAUCCGCGAGUUUGUGACGCUUGGCUUGGAAGAUAUUGCUUGUUCAACACUGGAGCUUCUGCUUAAAAAGUGCGCUCUAGACCUUGAAAAGCCUUUAAAUGACGUGAAGCUCAUUGCUGAAAAGUUUGGAGCCUUUAAAGUGCAACUGGCAAUAAACAAAGCAAAUGAUCCUGAACUUCGCAGCGCCUUUGUCCCCUGGAAAACGUUCCAAAAGGAUCUCUCUUUCAAAGACUACAUCAACUUAUUUGAUGAAUCGGAAAUUGAUUUUUACAAUGAAACAGCCUCAAUGGAGUUUCUAUCCAGUAAGUUGCCUCAUCACCGCAUGGCACUAGAGGGCUGGUAUCACUUGUUUGAGGAAACCCGGCCUCAUCCUACGGCAUCGGCUUCACUCAAAGCAUUUCACUUUAAUACCAUUCUCUCAACUGUGGCUUCGACAGGAUCAUUAGGCCUGGUGACGCUUUUCUGGCGCCAUUCAAUAGUCAAACUUGGCCUAACGGAGGAUUUCCUGAAUUCUCACAACCUAAUAUCCUCAAGAAAUUGCGGCGGCUUUCAUGUUAUUCUCCGGUCAGUGGGGAAAUCGUCCUCUGCAAAGCUUGCUGGCUACCAACUUUUCAAUUUUUUAAAGCACGACUUCAAAAAAUUGACCUCUAACCAUGGUGUCGCAACGUUCAAUUUAACGAACAAAGACUAUUUCUAUUUGAUGCAGAGUGCAACUCGGGGCCCUAAUGUCUCUUCUGUCUACUUUUACCUUUUCCAUCAUUUACUUGAUGCUGGGGACACUUGUUUUAGCUUCGGGAAAGACGGAUCACCUUCCUGGCAGCCAGGAGAGCCCAUUUUAUCGUUGAUCAAAAGCAAAUUCUCAAAAGAUUGGCACCUUACAGGUGUGGGGAAAAUUGUUGAACGUGUGGGAACGUGGUACAAAAAUGAAAAGGAUCGUGGCGUCUACUCUUCCCACAUACAGAAGGAUGUUCUUGUGGAUAUAUUUGGGCCUCAUUUCAUUCAGGAAUUGUCCCCAAAGACUUUGUUACAGCUGGAAUCUGAUUCAAAUAAUGCAAUGGAUGCAAAAUCAUCAAGUGUUUACUCUCUUAUUGCCGACUGUGAAAAUACAGAACGUAUAAAGGAGACACUGGGGCAUUUAACACAAUCCAUAAAGGGAAAACUUGAUUAG